CACGCCUUACCCAUCUACUUCCAUGUACCCAUUUGUUUUCACUACUCCUUCAACGGUUUCUGUAUAAAAGGACGACUUAGACGCGUAUAACGUGCACGAUCAGGAUGUCACAUUUAUUUCAAGAGCUAGGUGCCGGCGCAUUCCAGGCAUUUCGAACGAUAAUACCAGAACCACAUAACCGAGUGCCAAUAUCUUUCGAUGCCAUACCUUCUAUCCUCGUGUCAUAUGUGCCAUUUCUGUUCAUGGCAUUUCUCGCGCGGCAGGAAAACACCUAUAUCAUAAGGCUACUGUUGCUACCGACUGUCAUUACUGCGUCCCUCGGAACCUCAUUUCGGUAUUAUUGGACAAUACCGAUGAUGAAUACCUGCAAUUGGGGCUCAUGCCUGAGUGCUUUUGUCAUUAUUGGGAAAGCUCUGGACUACACGUUUCAUAAGGAAGGCGUGCUCAGAGUAGAUGAAGUAUGCCCCGGUCAAUCCAAGGGCAAAGCUACCGCAAAUGGGUCUGCUAAUGGUCACAUCAGUCCACCAGUAGGCGGGCGUUCGAUUGCCCCGUGGUUAACGGAUGUCGUUCAACUCACUACCUCCAUGCGUGGUAUUAGUUGGAAGUACGGCCAAGAAACUUACGUACCUAAGGAAUCGCGUCCACUAGACCGCAGUCCUUUCGUAAACGCCACUAUCAUCGCCAUGCUAAAGAACUUUCUUAUCAUGGACACUCUGGAGUUCAUUCUAAAGCUUUUCCCCGGCGUCGGAUCGGUCUUUGGGGGCUCUAUGUUCUACUAUCAUCUUCCGCCCAUCUCACGAUAUGCCGUAUCUACGUUUAUUCAUAUUCUGUCCGGCAGUUGCCUACUAGCCGGAUUUGAAGCUAUAUACCAAUUGGUGACCAUUGUUGCUGUUGGGAUUUUUGACGAUUCCCCUUUGUCUUGGCCUCCCAUCCUAGAUUCUCCCUGGCUUUCAGAGUCCAUGCAUGAAUUGUGGUCCAAGAGGUGGCACCAGCUACUUCGUCGGACAUUCAUGGUUUAUGGAGGCUAUCCAGGGAAAUGGAUUGCGGGUGACUUUGGCAUGGUAUUGGGAAUCUUCAUUGCCUCUGGACUAUACCACGAGUUAUCGAUGUACGCAAUGGGCAGAGGACUCGACCCUGCACCUGUGAUUUUCUUUGCUCUACAAGCACCUAUUUUGGUUAUUGAACGCCUCUGGCGAAGGAUCACAGGCCGAAGAGUUGGUGGGUGGUAUGGACGGCUGUGGGUGUACUUCGUCACGUUUGUCCUGGCACAGCCGAUGAUUAAUUCGUGGCACAGGCGUGGACUUGCUGGGGGCUUAAUUCUACCGCCAUUCUUGAGCCCGACAAGGCUACUCGUCCCUAUCUUUUUACGAUUUAUAAACCCUUCUGACUGAACUAAUAAUAUAUACCGCACAUCUAGGAUCUUGAGUACCACAUAUAUUAUAAUAAUAUAU